UUUACAGCACAGCUCGCAUCAAUACGUACUAUAACCACAAAUCGGACAAUGGAAAUCGGUAAAGAGUUGCACAUUGUUUGCAAAGUACAAGGACGGCCACCACCCAAGGUCACCUGGUUCAAGGAUGGCAAAUCGAUUAAUCGUAAUCGUAAAUUGUACAAAUUUCGUCAUUUCAAAAAGCGUUCUGAACUGAUCAUACGUUCGUUUAACAUUUCCGAUACGGGGCGCUAUGAGUGUCGCGCUAAAAAUAAAAUCAAUCAGGAGCCAGAUCGACGCACCAUUUUAAUUAAAGCGGAUCCAGAGCCGCGUUAUCCAACAAGUUUAACGGGUGGAACUGGCAAUGUUUGUCCCGAUGAUGCUGCUGAAUUUUGUCUAAAUGGUGGCACUUGUAAUUUCUUUUCGGAAAUCGGAUCGUAUUCUUGCAUAUGUCCGGAAGGAUUCAUGGGCGAACGCUGCGACCGCAAGGAAGUCAAUAAUAUAUCUCCCAAUUUUUUGUUGCAAUCUACGGCCAAAUACCUACCACUAUUAAUUGUUUGAUUUCUGUUACUUUUUUGUUCUUUUUUUAAGUUUGUUAAGAUUAAUGAUUUGUUAGUGAUUUCUUAAAAAAAAAAUUUGUUUAUAAUAUUUUUUGUUUGUUAAUAAAAUGGCUGACGAAAACGAAAAAAUGCACAGUUGAAAAAUGUAGUAUUGUAAACCUGAAAGUUGAACUGAGGAAAGGACGUUUUGUGACAAGCUGGUAACCUGCACACAUACAUGUGGACAUUAAGAAAAAAUCGCUAAAUAUGAACAGUGGGUUGAGUAGUCAGUUAUGCUGCUGAGAGUUUUUAAAAGUAGGUAGUUGUUUUUUACUAUUCUGUUAAAUCAAGUCAAUGCCGCUUAUGAACCUAAUAGAUUUGUAAAUAUAUUUACUGUUUAUAAGAUUUCCGACAAUACAGCGAGCUCAAAAUACUUAAUGAACCAAAAUCACUACGAAAUAAAACGAUGUUCGCGAGCAAAAUUAAGAAGAAAAACUAUUUUAAAUUAUGUUAAUUGAUAUUUUUUUAAUUAUCGCUGAAAAAAUGACUUUCGCGCAUAUCGGUUUUGCACUUGGCAACCCGCCGACUUAGACAACAGUAUUUAAUCUAAAUGAUUUCUAAACUAAAAGUUUCCUUCUUACUUUAAUUAAAUAAAUUUAUGUACGUUUUAUAUAAUUUUUUAAUUUUUUA